AUGUCAGUCCUCCUGGCUGAGGAGAACCUGUCAGUCAGCCAGAGGGUCAGCCCAAGGUCCACCCAGGAGUCCAAUGUCCCCUCCAGUGAGCUCAUGGGUGGGCCAGAUAAGCAGGCUCAGUCGCUGAGCAGUCCCCCUGGAGGAACCCACAAUGGAGAUGACGUUGGAGGUCAAUCCAGCCCAACCAAGCUUGGAGAUCAACCCAGUCCAGCUGUGGAAGAGAAGGAGGCCCAGGCUGGGCUGGGUUCUGCCGUGCAGUCAGCCGUGUUCCAGAGAUCUCCGUCAGGGGACAGUCUACUGGAGGCCAACCACUCUGCGGUCCUGAUCAGCACCGCCAGAGCCCCGACCAACAACACCGCCAUUAUCCGCUCUAAGAAUCUUCCGGAGACCAUUAUCUUCCACAGCGACAGCCAUCUACCCUCAGGUGUAUCUUCCAGAGAGUGCCCAGUGAUGUUUGAAAAAGAGGACUGGCAUGUAAUCACCAUUCCCUCUGCUCCAGUGAAGAAAGCAGUCAAAUUCAACCCCUCCGAAGAGAUCUCACCUAUUACUUCACCCAGCAUAGAUUUAGCCUGGGAGGAGCUUCUACAGACAUCAGAAUCCAUCGUUGAUAAAGUAGCCUUCAAGACUUUAGAGAUUGUAAAUAAACAAUUACAAUGCUCAUGGAGGGAGAUCUAUGAAAUGGCCCCAUCGGACCCUGUGGUUGUCUCACAGUCUCAAAAUGCACUUUCUUAUGAUGAUCUCUCUUACUCGCCUUCAGCUGUGGAGGAAUUCUCUACUGCCUCAGCAAGAUGCUCAGAAGGUGAUGUCACUGAAGGAUUCUCUACUGCCUCGGCAAGAUGCUCGGAAGGUGAUGUCACUGAAGGAUCUCGCUCUGGAACAGCAGUAGAGAGUGAAGCAAGCUCUGUGAGAGAGAUUUCACCAGCAGUGACUGCGAGGUGUUCUGCCAGUGACGUAUCAGAACGAGUUCCCUCUGAAACAGCAGUUUUGGGAGCAGCAGCGUCAUCAAUGGAGGAGUUAUCAGAGUCACCGACUGCAUUAGCCUUUGAGGGUGGGAUUUCACCAGCGGUGUUGGCCAAUGAUGUAUCAGAAAGAGCUCCCUCUGAAACAUCAGUAGCGGGAGCAGAGGCUUCAGAGAGACACGCAUCUCUCAGUGUAUCUCCACAGACUUCAUUUGUGUCAGCGCAUUCUGAAGAGUCACUGAAGGCUACAGACUUGUCACCUCCAUCCAGCCUGGCUAGGAUUCCCUCUGCAUAUCUCAGUGAUGGCGUGUCACCAGCAGUGUCUGCAAGAUGUUCUGCUAGUGACUUACUAGAAAGAGCUUCCUCUGCAACAACAGAGCUCAGAGUAAUCCCCUCUGCACCACGAAUGGAUGCGCUUUUGGUAUUACCAACUGCUUCUGUUGUUGGGAUUUCAACAGCAGUGACUGCAAGAUCUUCAAGAGGGAGUUUUGCAGAAAGAGCUCCCUCCGAAACAGCAGUGGAGGGGGUAAAAUAUUCUGAAAGUGGUUUAUCAGGAAGAGCCUUCUCUAAAUCAGAACUAGUGGAUGCAGCACACAGAGUGUCCUCUGUCAGGAUACCCAGUAGAGAGGAGAGUGUGAGGAGAACAGCAGAGACACCAGAGAGACACACAUCUCCCAGAGUAUCUCCACAGACAUCUUCAGUGUCCGCUACAGGCUUGUCAUCUAAGUCCAGCCUGUCUAGGGUCCCCUCUGUGUCUCUCAGUGAUGGUGCAGCAGAGUCUGUCUCUAUGGAAGUCGUCUCUAAUGUGGAGGAUAUUUAUAGAGCAACAUCAGUGGAGCAGAUUGUUUCUUCAACUGCUGCUGUGGUCUGCAUUUCACCAGCAGUGUCUGCUCGAAGCUCCUCAAAUGACAUGUCUGGAAGAACUUGUUUCAAAACAGCAGCAGUGGGAGCAGAGAUACCAGAGAAACACGCCUCUCCAAACGUUUCUCCACAGACAUCGUUAAUGUCAGCUCAUGUUGGUGAAUCUAUGAGAGGUACAGACAUUUCACCUAAAUCUAGUCUGGACAGGAUUUCCUCGAUUGGUGAAAGAGCAGCAGAAACAUCUUCUAGAGAAGUGAUGUAUAUGGAGGAGAUGUUUAAAGCAUCAAUGGCAGAACUACCAGGGCCUCCAUCUGCUGUUGGAGCUAUUUUACAAACAGUGUCUGCUAGAUGUUCACAAAGUCACAUGGCAGAAAGAGUCCCCUCGGAAACAGUAGUCGAGAGAGACACAUCUUCCAGUGUUCCUCCUAGGGUUUCUCCGCAAACAUCUGUGAGCUCAGCUACAGGCUUGUCAUCCAAGUUCAGUCUGGCCAGGGUUCCCUCUGUGUCUCUCAGCGAUGGUGCAACAGAACCAGCUCAGAUAGACAACGAAACACUGUCAUUGGAGGAGCUUAUGACGUCUCCAUUGUAUUCUCAUUGGUCACCAGCCGGUUCGGAAAGUGACUCAUUAGGCUUAAGAGGAGCUCCCUCUGAAACAGCAGUGGAUGGAGCACACAGAGGGUUCUUGGUAAGGAGACCCAGUAGAGAGGAGCGUGUGACGAGAACAGCAGAGACACCAGAGAGAGACACAUCUCCCAGUGUUUCUCCACAGACUUCGUUUACAGGUGUUGUUUCUGAUGGGACAGUUUUCUACAGAGAUUCAUCUGUGGGAGAAUUACAUCUUUCUCCAUCUGUUGGCGAGGAACUUGUGGUGGAGGCUUACGAAGUACCAUCUCCCGAGAAGGAGACUCCAUCUGCUUCAGUUGGUGGACCUUCAUCAGUAGUGUCUGCAAGAUAUACUGGAAGUGGUUUAACAAGAAGAGCUUUCUCUGAAAAAGAAGUAACGAGACCAGAGACACCAGAUAGACACACGUCUCCCAGACUUUCAGCUAGAGUUUCUCCACAGUCCAGUCUGACCAGGAUUUCCUCUGCACCAUCAAUGGAGGAGCCACGGAUGUCAACAACUGCUUCUGUUGGUAGACUUUCACCAGCAGUGUCUUCUGUAAGAUAUUCUGGAAGGGGUUUAUCAGGAAGAGCUUUCUCUGAAACAGAACUAGUUGAUGCAGCACACAGAGUGUCCUCAGUCAGGAUACCCAGCAGAGAGGAGAGUGUGAGGAGAAGAGCAGAGACACCAGAGAGAGACACAUCUCCCAGAGUGUUUCCUAGAUCUUCGCAAAGAGUUUCUCCACAAACCUCUCUCCUAUCAGACUAUUUUCUAAACAUUUAUCUUCCUAAUCGCAUAGCAGUAUUGGACAACAGCACACAGGUUUCACAAACUGCAAUCCGCCUUUGUGAAGAGUUGAGUGCCUACCCUAUAGAAGUGCAGCAGAGGACCCAGGGACUUGAAGUUUAUCUAGGAGAAUCUCCAGCCAAUGUUGUUGGGCCUCAAAACACGAGAACUCAGAACACACGUUCACAGGGUGUGCAGACUAGUCGAGAUUAUCAUGGCGCGCCCUCACAGAGCGUUCCUAUUGGCGCAGGACGCGUCACUCCUGAUGCUCAGCCUGCACGCGAAAAUUACACCAAUCAGGUCUGGACGCUUUACCACUUGGCCAAUGAGACAGAGGAGGGCACACUGUCCGCUAAAGUUAUCUCCCAGCCUCCGUACAAUGGUAGUGCUUAUAUUCGCAACUUUGGGGCUGGACAUGUGUUACUGGCUGAGAGGUCCCCUUCCCCUCAGAAAUCUGACACCCAGUCCUGGAGUGGCCAACCCAGACAACAGCCCCAGCCACCACCCUUCCUAAUGAGCCCAAGAAGGGCUUUCAUACACAGAGCACAGUCCUCCACCCUACCUCCUCCUCCUCUACCCCAGCCUCCAACCGUCCACAACCAGGAGAUCAACAUCCCCAACUUCUUCAUGCAUCCCCAACUUCUUCCUGUGUCCCCAGGCAAGAUCGUUCGUAGCAUUCCGACCGCGAUGCAGACCAGGUUGAGGUCUGCUGCGGUCCGGGCAGGUGACCCCCCGGGGUACCUGUCAUUCUCCGUUCCCAUGGAGACGGUGAGCGGAGGAUCUGGUCAGGGCGGUCAGGCCCAGUUCUUUCAGGUCAUCAGUGGCGAGGGGAACAACGUUUACUCUCCUGCUCUCAUGCACAUUUUCACCACAGAGGAAGAGGAACAGGAAGGAGACAGGAGACAGCCAACUAGUGCCACAUUUAAUUGGUAGGGGACUGUUUGGUGCAGGGUUUCUCAAACUCGGUUUUUGCCCGAACACUACAAAGCUGAUUCAAAUAACCAACAAGUUUUGAUUAUUUGAAUCAGCUUUGCAGGGCA